AUGUCGGGUCCGUCGGCGGCGUCGGGGGUGCUGAGCGCGCUGCGGCUGGGGGUGUCGCUGAAGAUCCAGCCCAACGACGGGCCGGUCUUCUUCAAGGUGGACGGGCAGCGCUUCGGGCAGAACCGCACCAUCAAGCUGCUCACCGGCGCCAAGUACAAGAUCGAGGUGGUCGCCAAGCCCGGCAACGUCCAGGCCACGACCAUGGGGAUCGGGGCCGUGACGUUCCCCUUGGAAGAGAAGUCGCGAGAUGCCCAGAUGGUCGUUUACAGCGGCAUCUACGAUACGGAAGGAGUGCCGCACACCAAAAGCGGGGAGAGGCAGCCGAUACAAGUCACCAUGCAGCUCACAGACAUUGGCGCCUUUGAAACCGUCUGGCAAGUCAAGUUUUACAACUACCACAAGCGAGAUCAUUGCCAAUGGGGGAACAGCUUUGCGUCCAUAGAGUACGAAUGCAAGCCCAACGAGACACGAACCCUCUUGUGGAUCAACAAAGAGAGCUUCCACUAAGCGGGAUGGAAAUCCAUGUGGCAGGACUAUCUCUUAGUAGACCACCACCACCACCACCAC